GCGAGCUUGCGUGCAUGUGUGCAACCACCCUUGUUCUUGCUUACCUGCUCACCAUGGCAAGGAUUAAAGAUUUCUUUGGGUUUUCUCAGAGUUCUCUGAUUUUACUGCUUCUUGAAAGUUUCUUCAUUGGAACACAUUCCUCCCUGCAGAUUUCAAAUAACAUCAAUGUGACUGAGCAAGAUGCCAACAGAACCAGAAGGAGCUCUGACAUGAUGUCUGCAGAACCUUUGGACUCUCCGAGGAUUCUGACUGCCUCUGAUCUUUCUUCCCUCAGAGAUCUGUUGUCAAAAAAGAAAAUCACAGUUCGUUUGGGUCUCCGUGUUUCACUCCGCGGUCCAAAGGAAUUUCUCAGUCCUCAGCUGCUUGUUAUGGUCAACGGCGAGAAACCUGGACUCUUCAACACUGGAGAAACAUCUGGAACUUUUUCCAUGAAAAUAAUUGGAAUAAGAAAAGUGACUCCCUAAUGCAACAUUUACUUUUUUCAUUAAUUAGCAGAUCUGAUUACUUUAACUAUGUGCUAAUUAUUGUCAGUUUUGUUUCAAAGUUGUCAUAAUCAUACCUGCUUAUUAAAGAUUAACUUAAUCAC